AUGCUUCCGCCUAUCAUGCUGUUUGACAUCGCGAUCAAUAAGACAGCAGUAACCUUUGAGAACAAUGUUGCCGAUGGGGCGGUGGACGGCAACAGGGGUACAGACCUAAAGGAAGACUUUUGUACACACACAGGUGAAAACGACACGAACCCUUGGUGGAGGGUGGAUCUGCAGGCUGUGUAUCACAUCACUGCUGUCAGAAUACUCAACAGGGGGGAGGAUAAUUAUGGAUUCGAUGAAUCACACCGUCUACAGAAUGUAACAGUGACUGUGGGGCUAUUGUCUUCAUCCAUUAAUACAAUAUGUGGUUUCUUUCCUGGGCCUGGUACUUUGUCACUGCUGGUCGUCAUAGAGUGCCCAACAUUACCAAUGGGACGAUACGUAAAGAUCUCCAAGACAACAGAGUUUCUUACUCUAUGCGAGGUUGACGUGUUUGGUGUAAUAUAAGUCUAAUAUGUUUAUCAUUGCUUAUAUAUAUCCAAGCCGAAACGCUACCGUAUUUCUGUACAUAUUUGCGCAUAAAAUUCUAAUAUGUUAAUCAUUGAUAGUUAGACCUCUUACACACUGUUUUUCAUCUCAUAAAAAAAUCAGAUCCUGUCGCAUGCGGAAGCGCCCCAAAUUUAAAGGAAAAUUCGGGAAUUAUUUUGCCUCAGCCAUGUUUUGACGUGAACUUUCAGUAAAAUACUGUUAUGACACCUUAUAUAUUUAUCGUUGCUUAUAUAUAUCUAAGCUGAAACGCUUCCAUAUUUCUGUACAUAUAGGUGCAUUUAAGUCUUAUAUGUUCAUCAUUGUUUACAUGUAUAUACAUAUAUCUAAGCUAAAAAGCUAUCGUAUUUCUGUACAUA